AUGGAACAGGAUUUCCAGCAGUUUUUCCCUGUGCUGGGAUUUCUCUUGUGUUUGUAUCUUAUUCUGAAGUUUUUGUUAUUUUUGAAUUACCUCUUUACACAUCUUUGGAGAAUUUUACCUCAGUCUUUCUUUCGUUCAAUGGGACAAUGGGCAGUUGUUACUGGGGCUGGAGAUGGUAUUGGCAAAGCAUACUCAAUAGAGCUAGCAAAUCGUGGAAUGAAUAUUGUGAUGAUCAGCCGAACUAUGGAGAAAAUGCAGAUAGUUGGCAGGCACAUUGAAAAGUCCACAGGAAGAAAUGUCAAGAUCAUUCAAGCGGACUUCACAAAAGAUAGCAUUUAUGGCUACAUUGAAGAAUGUAUCAAGGAUCUGGAGAUAGGAAUUUUGGUAAACAAUGUUGGAAUGCUUCCCAAUCUUGACCCUUGCCGAUUCCUUAGUGGAAAAGAUAACGACAAGAGUGUAAUCAACUGCAAUAUAACAUCUACUGUUAAGAUGACACGUAUCAUAUUAAGACAAAUGGAACAAAGGAAAAAAGGUCUUAUUUUGAACAUUUCUUCUGCUUUUGGGGGCUUUCCUUGUCCAUUGUAUGCUCUAUAUUCAGCCUCCAAAGCAUUCAUUACCACAUUUUCCAAAGCACUUCAAGCUGAAUAUAAGUCAAAAGGAAUUAUCAUACAGGCAGUUACUCCAUAUGGUAUUUCAACACCAAUGACAAGAAAUGCAAGUACAAAUAUCAUAACAAAAUCUCCAGGUGACUUUGUAAGGCAGUCACUUAAUUAUGUUACCAAUGGAGAUGAGACAUAUGGAUGCCUUGCACAUGAAGUUUUGUCUAAGGAGCAUGAUAAAUUGCAGAGGGGACAGAUGGUUGGGUACAAGGAAAUGAGAGCAAAGCAGCAGUGA